AUGUAUGCGAUAAACACUUGGGAUACCAUUUUCUUGGUCAUCGAGUUUGUGGUGUGCCUUUUAGGAAUCGUCUUCAAUGGUUUGGUAAUUCUUACAAUUUGUAGGAGCAUCCAUCAUCUUUCCUCACCGAGCUAUCUCAUUCUAAGCAUCGCAAUCAGUGAUUUUAUUUCCUGUUCAGUGGCUGUUCCAUUUUCGAUCGCAAGACACUUUAGAGAGGGAUGGCCAUUUGGCAUGGCUGGAUGCAAAGCUCAUGCUUUUAUGAUCUUCCUUUUCGCUCUCGUCUCUAUUACUCACCUGGCUAAUAUUUCUGCCGGAAAGUAUUUGAACAUUACGCGGUCUCUUUACAAGAACUCUUACUUUAGCAAGAGACAAAUUCUACUGGUAAUCUUGGCCUCUUGGAUUUUCUCGCUUGGAUUCAGCAUUGCGCCUCUGUUGGGAUGGUCGCGAUAUGGCUUAGAGGGAACUAAUGCUACUUGCUCUAUAAAGUGGGAAUCUACUCGAGGAGGAGAUAAGGCAUAUUUUGGAAUUGUUUUUAUAGCAUGCUACGUAUUUCCAAUCGCAGUGAUCACAUUUUCCUAUUACAAGAUCCACAAGGUUUCCAGAGGGAUCGUUCGCACUUCAUCCCAGAUUGGUUGCAUUGGAUUGACGAUGACACAAGCUUUGUUGAGGAAACACCGCAAAUCAGCCAUGUACUAUUUGGCUAUCAUAAUUGCUUUCAUGGUUUCAUGGUCCCCCUACGCUGUUGUGUCUUUCCUCGCAGUGAUAGGGAGAAAAGUGCACCCAAUUGCAGCCAGCACAUGUAGUGUGUUUGCAAAGAUCUCAUUUAUCCUGAAUCCAAUUCUGUAUGCUAUUUUUUCCCGCAAGUUUCGACGACGGAUGGUUCGCGUUGUUCCUAUGACCAGGCCAAAUCGAGAGGUGAGACCAACUACUUGUGUUCAAAACUCAGCAACAUUGGCUUUGUGA